ACGUUGCGCUUUCAGCACUACUGGGGGCCAGAGUGCAUCCCAGCCCUGUUCACCGCCAGAGCCCGUGCAGUCGACAAGAAGGCGCCCGUGACCCAGCUCUACGCGCACUGGGGGCGGGCGUGCGCGCUGGACCCGCGCGGCGACCUGCUGGUCUGCUCUGCGGAGGGCGCCCCAGAGCACGCCUCCGAGGACGCUGGCUUCCGCGUGCGGUGCGCCUGCUGGAGCCCUUGCGGCGGCUUCCUGCUGCUGGGGGACGACCUCGGGCGGAUUAGGCUGUUCCACCUGCCGUCGCAGUGCGACGUCUGGUCGCACAGCGCCGCGGAGGCUCACGGCAGCGGGGGCGGCCCGGUCCCCGUCUUCGCGGAGGCGUCCUGCUUCGAGGAGCCCCCCGCGGCGAGCGCGGGCGGCGCGGCGGCCGUGACGCUGCUGGUGCUGCAGGCGCACGGCGCGCUCCUGAGGCUGCGCGGCCUGGCCCUGGCGCCGCUGGACGCCGCCCUCCGGGCCGCGGCGGCGGAGGGCCACGACGCUCGUCUCGCGGUCGAAGGCUUCGCCAAAGGCGUCUCCGCCUCGACGCACGCCGUCCCCGAGGACACGCGCCGCUUCUGCGUGGCACCGGCCGCGCCCGACGCGCGGUGCCUGACGGUCUACACGUGCGGCACGCAGGAGAUCCGCGUCCACGGCCUCGCCGGCGGCGCGCUGUCGCCGCUCGACGCCGCCGAGCUGCCGGUCUUCGCGGGGAGCGGGGCCGCCUGCGCGGAGGACGGCGCGGAGGGCCCGCAGAGAC